AUGGCAUUCACCUCCCAAUCCCUAAUCUUCCGGGCACCCGCCUCGCCUGCUUGUGCCCGCAUAGCCCCGUCGGCCGGUCGCGUCACCCUCCGGGACCACCGCGCCGCCUUCCCGCCCGUCGCGGCGGCCUCCACCUCGAUGGCAUCCUCGGAGAGCGAUGAUAAGAGGGAAGCCAAGCUUUGGGGCGGGCGGUUCGAGGAGGGCGUCACCGACGCCGUGGAGCGCUUCACGGAGUCCAUAUCCUACGACUGGCAGCUCUACAAGUACGACAUCAUGGGCAGCAAGGCCCACGCCUCUAUGCUGGCCGGCCAGGGUUUGAUAACAGCUACUGAUAGGGAUACCAUCUUAGAGGGGCUUGAUCAGAUAGAGAGGCUGAUCCAAGAAGGCAAAUUUGAGUGGAGGAAGGACCGGGAAGAUGUGCAUAUGAACAUUGAAGCAGCUCUGAUUGAGAGGGUUGGUGAGCCAGCCAAGAAGUUGCAUACCGCCAGGAGCCGCAAUGACCAAAUUGUGACGGAUCUAAGGCUAUGGUGUCGUGAUGCUAUUGACAAGAUUUUGAUUCGUAUCAAGCAGCUUCAGGCAUCUCUGGUUAUGUUGGCUUCAAAAAAUGUUGACUUAAUAGUCCCAGGUUAUACUCAUCUGCAAAGGGCACAGCCUGUUCUGCUGCCACAUCUUCUCUUGUCAUAUGUUGAACAGUUGGAGCGUGAUGCUGGUCGACUGGUCAACUGCAGGGAGCGAGUGAAUUUCUGCCCUCUUGGUGCUUGUGCUUUGGCUGGAACUGGACUUCCCAUUGAUAGGUUCCAAACUGCUAAAGAUUUGAAAUUUACGGCUCCAAUGAAGAAUAGCAUUGAUGCAGUAUCAGACCGUGACUUUGUAUUAGAGUUUCUUGCUGCCAAUUCAAUUGCUGCUGUUCAUCUUUCACGAAUUGGUGAAGAAUGGGUUCUUUGGGCGUCAGAGGAAUUUGGGUUCCUGACACCAAGUGACAAAGUUUCAACAGGAAGCAGCAUUAUGCCCCAGAAGAAAAAUCCGGAUCCAAUGGAGCUUGUUCGUGGGAAAUCUGCUAGGGUUGUUGGAGACCUCAUGACUGUUCUUACCCUCUGUAAAGGCCUUCCACAGGCCUACAACCGUGACCUUCAGGAAGACAAGGAACCCUUGUUUGAUAGUGUGAAAGCCGUAUUAGGAAUGCUUGAAGUAUGCACGGAGUUUGCUCAAAAUAUCUCUUUUAAUUCGAAAAGAAUACAAAGUUCCCUGCCAGCUGGUUAUCUGGAUGCAACGACGCUGGCGGAUUACCUUGUGAAGAAGGGAAUUCCUUUCAGAACUUCUCACGAGAUAGUUGGAAGGUCUGUUGCUCUAUGCGUCUACAAGCAGUGUCAGCUAGCUGAGCUUGAAUUGGAUGACCUAAAAUCUGUCCAUCCUGUAUUUGAGGGCGACGUCUAUGAAUAUCUGGGGGUUGAAAACGCUGUAAACAAGUUCAUAUCCUAUGGCUCUACUGGUUCAGAACAAGUAAAGAAGCAGCUUGAGGAUUGGCGCAUCCAGCUCGGGAUCAGCUCAUAA